AUGUCUUCAACUACACCAUACUCACUUCAGGACUUUGGCUAUCCGUUGAUGCUCGAAGAUUACGUCCCGGUUCCUCCUCUACCAACUACUGUCGCAGGUCUUUGUGGUACGUGUCAUGCACCUGACGCGAGGAAAAAAUGCAGCAAAUGCAAGAACAUCCGCUACUGCUCGCCAGCCUGUCAGAAACGCGAUUGGGAGUUCAGCCAUAAGCUCGUCUGCAAGCCCUACGCCAAAGCUAUCAAACAACCCAUCGGGGAUAACGUGAGGCGCGUGUUGCACUUCCCCUUCAAUUCGACCAAACCUGUCUUCUCCGUUCUCGCGUUCGAUGAGGAAGAUACGGUAAGCGGUCUCGAACAUCACUUCCCAGGCGUGCCGGCCCAGGAGAUCAAGAAACUAUCAUUCCACAACCGCUACUUUCCGUACUUCAUCCAGAUCAACUACAACAUGAAUGCCAGGGGAGAACAUGCACUCACUGAGAACAAGAGCCUUGGACUACCGUUUCGCGGCCCAGUCGUCGUGUUGGCGUAUGAUCUGGAGAUUGCGCUGAGUGGUCCCGCGUUGAACGCCGAUACCACAAUCAUGCGACCAUUGAUGGAGUACAUUCAGCUGUUGCGCGAGUAUGAUGGACCGAAGUUUGUUGAGCAGCCGCAGCAGAGGUAUACAGAGGCAGAGUUGAACAUUCUCAUGGGCUCGGCUUCUAUAUCUGGUGAAGCAAGGAGAUUGAUUAGGGCGUAGUUAUUGUUGAUCAAAAUGAGCAAGUGAGAACGGAUAAGGUAAAAAGCGCUU